GCUAGUAGCGCGUCAACGUUUCGCAUUUGCAAAGGACAUGGUGAUCUUCAGCAAGGCCUCUGGAUGAUUCUUGGACAUGUUUGUUCACUAUCACAGCUGAAGCCUUUGUGUGGGCCGGUGACCAGAACACUUAUUUCAUUCAAAUCAAGUGUCCAAAUGCCAAGAAUACAGACGGCUGUUCAUCACAUUUGGUCCUGCUACAGCGUCAGCUGCUUCAUCUGUCAGUUUUGGACUCAAUCAUGAAUUGGGCGUCGUUUUAUGCCGUGAUAAGUGGUGUGAACAGGCAUUCGACGGGCAUCGGGCGCAUCUGGCUCUCUGUCAUCUUCAUCUUCCGGAUCCUGGUGCUGGUGGUGGCGGCCGAAAGCGUGUGGGGUGACGAAAAGUCCAGCUUCACCUGCAACACCCAACAGCCCGGCUGCAACAGCGUCUGCUACGACCAGUUCUUCCCCAUCUCUCACAUCCGCCUCUGGUCUCUGCAGCUCAUCCUGGUGUCCACACCCGCCCUGCUGGUCGCCAUGCACGUAGCUCAUCGCCGGCACAUCGAGAGGAAGAUCCUGAAAAUUUCCGGCCGGGGGAACACAAAGGACUUUGAAUCCAUCAAGACUCAGAAGUUCAAGAUUGCCGGUUCUCUUUGGUGGACUUACAUGAUCAGCAUUCUAUUCCGCAUCAUUUUCGAGGCCGUUUUCUUGUACAUCUUCUACAUGAUCUACCCAGACAUCAAGAUGGUGCGUCUCGUAAAGUGCGACUCCUACCCCUGCCCGAAUACGGUGGACUGUUUUGUGUCUCGCCCAACAGAAAAGACUAUCUUCACUGUCUUCAUGCUGACGGUGUCUGGAGUGUGUGUUUUGUUGAACUUUGCAGAGGUGGUGUAUUUAAUAGGCCGUGCGUGUCUCAGAUACUUUCAGGGAACAGGAGGGGAAUCCAAAGGGCCUUGGCUCUCUCAAAAACUGGCAUCCUACAAGCAGAAUGAAAGUAAUCAGCUGAUAUCAGAGCACUCGUUUAAGCCCAGAUUUAACGUUGGCCGAAAACCGGUCGCUGAUAAGAGCGAGCGCUGCUCUGCUUUCUAGACUCUUCAAGACCACUUGAUGGUCUCAACCAGGGACGUUUCUAGACAUAGGCGAACUAGUCGGUCGCCUAUGCAGUCAAUGAAUAGGCUAAAUCCCCCCUCCACUCGCCAACAGGGAUCUUGCCUAGGGUUGGGGGGGCUCCAAUGAGGCAGCCCACCUGGCAGCGAGUAGGGAUAUUGCAAAUGGCGGAAAAAUGGCCAGAAAUGGCCCUGGUCUCAACCAACUAUCGAUAACCCAUGGAAUGUGGAUGUCAGUAAUCUUAUUAAUCUGUCUUCAUUGAUUUAUUUGAUUCAUUCAUUCAUUUAGGGGACACUACAGGUGAGAAGUGAUCAUGGGUAGAUAAAUGCUGGAGAACUGUCAACUUUUACACAUUCAAAAUGGUGCAAACAUUUGUCUUCUCCCAAAGAGAUUGGAGGACUAACAGUAUGAUCUCACUGGACUUUGUGUUUCAUUAACUUCCACUCAUGCACAUGCGAAUGCAAACAUACACUGACACUUCAAUCACAUGUAUAAAUAAUUCAAUGCCAUUGCAUUACAUACCAAAAUAUCAAAGCAAGUGUGAUCUGUGUGUCUCAAGUGCUGCUGGAUGUUUUCUCAGAACUAACGUUCACUUUUCUGAGUGAUUCUUGCUCAAUGUCUUUUAAUGAACUGGUGUUGUGGUGAUUUUUAGUGGAUGUAUGAAGUUCACACAGGUGUCCCAGAAGAGGAACCAGGUGGAGUUCAACACAUUCACUAUGGACAUCUGAGGCCAAAUAUUUUGUAUUUAUUUUGAUCUAUUGUUUUAUAAUUUCACACCUAACAAACUUCUUUUUUGUGAAACGUUUUCCUUGAAAAGUGUGCUUGUGCUGUUUUACUUGAAAAAUAAAUGCCACUUGGUUUGAUAUUUUGCAAUGCAAAGCAAAGACAUUUGUACAUUUUUAGCAUUGCUUAAAUUGUCAAAUUAUUUUAGGGUCCACUGUAUGUUCAUCUUACACUGUGCACCAAAGUUCAAGUUUAUUGAACUCUGACCUGCUAAUUCAUAUAAAAGUUUGACCAGUAAGAUGUUUGACCAUUAGAGGAUCUAAACGUCACAGAUUAGCCUCAUCAGUACAAAUAAAAACUUUAAGGCUGCGUGGUUUGGAGUGUACGUGACUAGUAUAUUUUAACAUUUUGAAAUGUUUUUUUGUUGUUGUUACUGUUUAUAAUUUAUUAAAAACAAAAGCCCAUAAUUUCACAUAACGUGAGCACCCAUUAAGAAUGUUAAAUUUUUUGAAGAAAAUUUUAAAUAUUUGAGUGUUUUUACCUCUAAACUGUGCACAAAAUGUUCAAACUUGGACUUCCUCCAGAAGUCACCUGUAUCAAUGUCUGAUGUUUAAGUUUGAAAUACAAAAGUGCAAUCAUUUUUUUUUUUUUUUUUUUUUUUUUUGGCCUGUAAGUUAAUCAAAGUGCUUCUAUAUAUUGUGUUAAGUUUCUUUGUCAUAUUCCUGUAAUGUUUAAUGUAACAUCUACAGAAAUGUAUUUAUGAAUGUGUAUUAGAAAAGAGAUUCAAACUUGAUGGCAACUUGUGUGUUUUAAUAGUGUUUCAUGUGUGAACGUCUCUUAAACUUGUUUGUUUCAGUUACAUGCGCCAGCUCUGCAGAAAGUGUGUUGAAUCUUUAAAUUGCUCUUGUGUCUCUUACAUGUUUGCAAGCACAAAACUUUUGAGUAGACAGAAUCAACUUGACUUGAGACUGCAUGAUAUUUAUUUGACUGUAAAUGCUUCUUGGUCUCACACAGUAUGUCACAGCAGUAUGUACCACACAAUCAGAUAGAACUGACUGGCUGGGAAAUAAUAUUUUCACUUGAUGCUGCUUUUUGCUUGUAAUAUUGUAUAUUGAACAUUCUUUAAUAAAAUUU